CCUCCACCCAGCCCCUCCCUCCCAUCCCCUUCACCAAGCUUGAGCUCUUCAAAGAGGAGCAGGGCACCAAGUGCACACGGCCAGUCCUGCCCUGAACUUCACCUUCAGGAACUGACCUUGCUGGGUGUUGGCCAUUUAUGGGCCCAGCCAUACAAAAAGAAGAACUCUGUCCUUUCUUGUCAUUCUCAAAGGGUGAGCCCAGAGACUUGGUUCUCAAGCCACAGGAAGCUGAGUACUUCCUACCAAAUCAAGACCUUGAACCUCAUUUUGAUAGACUAUAAAAGCUCCUGAAACAUAGACUUCAUGGACAAAGUCCCUUGAAGCCAGAAACUCACUGCCUUUAACAGUGAAGUCAAUAUAGAAACCAUUUUCCUUGAACUGUGGAAAAGCCAGGAUGGAAAAUUCAACUAUCUCAGCAGACUAUUACCAGACCACAGACUAUGACUAUGGGGAUGCAAGCCCCUGCCAGAAGACAGAAGUGAGGGCCUUUGAGGCUAAGCUGCUGCCCCCCUUGUACUCUCUGGUAUUCAUCAUUGGCCUGGUUGGCAACAUCCUGGUGGUCCUGGUCCUCAUACAAUACAAGAGGCUCAAAAGCAUGACCAGCAUCUACCUCCUGAAUCUGGCCAUUUCUGACCUGCUCUUCCUCUUCACACUGCCCUUCUGGAUUGACUACAAGGUGAAGGAUAACUGGGUUUUUGGGGAUGCCAUGUGUAAGUUCCUCUCGGGGCUGUAUGACUUGGGCUUGUACAGUGAGAUCUUUUUCAUCAUCUUGCUGACCGUUGACAGGUACCUGGCCAUUGUCCAUGUUGUGUUUGCCCUUCGGGCCCGGACUGUCACCUUUGGUAUCAUCAGCAGCAUCCUCAUCUGGCUCCUGGCCAUGUUAGCCUCGCUCCCGGGCUUUUACUUUUCUAAGACCCAAUGGGAGUUCACUCGUCACACCUGCAGUCCUCAUUUCCAUCACAGAAGCUCAAGUCAGUGGAAACAGUUCCAGGCUCUGAAACUGAACAUCUUGGGCUUGGUUUUGCCUCUGCUGGUCAUGACUGUCUGCUACACAGGAAUUAUAAAAAUGCUGUUCAAACGGCCCAACGAGAAGAAGGCCAAAGCUGUCCACCUGAUCUGUGCCAUCAUGAUCAUCUUCUUUCUCUUUUGGACACCCUACAAUUUGAUCGUGUUUGUCUCUGCUUUCCAAGGUGUCUUUUUAGCUGAUAAUUGUGAGCAGAGCAAACAGCUGGACCUGGCCAUACAGGUGACGGAGGUAAUCGCCAACACACACUGUUGCGUCAACCCGGUGAUCUACGCCUUUGUCGGAGAGAGGUUCCGGAAGCACCUGUCCCGGCUGUGCCACAGGCUCCUGGCCUCGCGCCCGGCUAAGCGGCUCCCUUUCCUCUCCAGAAUGAGGCUGGAGAGCAGGACCAGCUCCAUCACCCCCUCUACAGGGGAGCAUGAACUGUCUGCUGGGUUCUGACUGAGGCCCCUGGAGGCUGAGCGAAGGCCCAGCAAGAGUGUCUAGUCUGUGACUCUGAUGGAGAGAAGGCAGUUGGGAUCUCCCAGCCAGACUCUUAACACCUGAUGCAGCAUGGAAUUAGAGCCACAUGGGAAUGAGGAAACUUGAAAGGGGUCUAGAUCACUUCUGGGGCUUGGGUUUUUUCUAGGAACUUCUCCCUGAGGUAGAGAGGCCUGA